AUGAAUUAAAUUAGAAUAUUUUUCCAUGGUUACAUGAUUCAUGCUCUCUUCCUCCUCUCUUCCCACCUCCCUCCCAGAGCUGACAAGCAAUUCUACUGGGAUGUACAAGUGUUAUCACUUGAUACCUAUUAUUCAUUUUUGCUAUAGAUCGAUCUUUUAAAACCUAACCCCAAAUCAUAUACCCAUAAAUACAAGUGAGAAGUCAUAUGUUUUUCUUCUGUGUUUCUGCUCCCACAGUUCUUUCUAUCAAGGUGGAUAGUGUUCUUUCUCAUAAGUCCUUCAGAGUGUCCUGGAUUAUUGCAUUGCUACUGGUAGUAAAGUCUAUUACAUUGGAUAAUUCCUCUUAACUCUUAAAAAAAACACCCUAACUUUUAAAAAUCUUUACUAAGUAUAUAUUCCAAGGCAGAAGAGAGGGAGGGACUAGGCAAUGGGGAUUAAGUGACUUGCCCAGGGUCACAUAGCUAGGAAGUGUCUGAGGUCACAUUUGAACUCAGGACCUCCUGUCUCUCCUUCCACUUAGCUGUCCCCUAAACUUUAGAUUAAAUCUCAGUGGUUGAGAGUGGUGGGUCAUGGAGGGGUGGGGCAGGUAGCCUUGCUGCUAAUUUCCCCUUUUCUUCAGCUGACCCAUUGAUCCAAUUAGACAAAUGCCUAAUUGCCCUCUCUGGGAAAACCACCCAGUCUGAAUCACUGGAGUCAGUCAAUGUUCUCCAUGUUGGCUCAGUGGUUAUGCCUGGCAAUUCUUUCAGCAUUAUUUCCCAGGCUCUGGAAUCUAUAGUCUAAGAGUGGUACAAGAAGAAACCUAAAGGCUCUAGAGGGGGCCCUGGUCCUAGGAGCUGCUGUUGGUAAACAUACCUUCUAGAGCCUUUAACAGAGUCAAUCCUAAGCCUGAGAAUUGGCUCCUUCCCUUGACCUUUGGAGCCUUUCUUUCCCUAGAGAGGUAGUCAAGGAGUUUGCCCAGAAAGGAGGAGUCAGCCAAACAGGAUGAUUAAUUGGACCAUCAGCAUGCUGUUGGCCAGCUAAGCCUUAUGGCCAAACGAGUGAAAGGAAAAUCCAAAUGGAGAAAAAAGGCCUAACUGGAAACUGGAAACCAGAGCUCUAGGGGUGAGUUCCCAAGCUGGGUACUCAGUAACCAAGGGGGAGUGGAGUUCCAUGGCCAGGCAGGCAGUCAUUUUAAAAAGAAAUUAAAACCCUUCACCUUCCAUCUUGAAAUCAAUACUGUACAUUGGUUCUAAGGCAGAAGAGCAGUAAGGGCUAGGAAAUGGGGGUUAAGUGACUUGCCUAAGGUCACAUAGCUGGGAAGUAUCUGAGGUCAAAUUUGAACCCAGGACCUCCCAUCUCUAGGCUUGGUUUUCCAUCCACUGAGCCACCCAGCUGUCCCCCUCCCCCUCAAAGGCAGUCAUUCUUUUAUAUAUAUAUAUAUAUAUAAUAUUUUAUUUGAUCAUUUCCAAGCAUUAUUCAUUAAAGACAAAGAUCAUUUUCUUUUCCUCCCCCUCACCCCCCAUAGCCGACUCGUGAUUCCACUGGGUAUCACAUGUGUUCUUGAUUCGAACCCAUUGCCAUGUUGUUAAUAUUUGCAUUAGAGUGUUCGUUUAGAGUCUCUCCUCUGUCAUGUCCCCUCAACCGCUGUAGUCAGGCAGUUGCUUUUCCUCGGUGUUUCUACUCCCACAGUUUGUCCUCUGCUUAUGGAUAGUGUUUUUUCUCCUAGAUCCCUGCAGAUUGUUCAGGGACAUUACACUGAUACUAAUGGAGAAGUCCAUUACGUUCGAUUAUACCACAGUGUAUUAGUCUCUGUGUACAAUGUUCUCCUGGUUCUGCUCCUUUCACUCUGCAUCAAUUCCUGGAGGUCGUUCCAGUCUCCAUGGAAUUCCUCCACUUUAUUAUUCCUUUUGGCACAAUAGUAUUCCAUCAUCAACAUAUACCACAAUUUGUUCAGCCAUUCCCCAAUUGCUGGGCAUCCCCUCAUUUUCCAGUUUUUGGCCACCACAAAGAGCACAGCUAUGAAUAUUCUUGUACAAGUCUCUUUCCCCAUUAUCUCUUUGGGGUACAAACCCAGCAGUGCUAUGGCUGGAUCAUUGGGCAGACAGUCUUUUAUCGCCCUUUGGGCAUAGUUCCAAAUUGCCCUCCAGAAUGGUUGGAUCAGUUCACAACUCCACCAGCAAUGAAUUAAUGUCCCUACUUUGCCAUAUCCCCUCCAGCAUUCAUUACUUUCCUUUGCUGUUUUGUUAGCCAAUCUGCUAGGUGUGAGGUGAUACCUCUGAGUUGUUUUGAUUUGCAUCUCUCUGAUUAUAAGAGAUUUAGAACACUUCUUCAUGUGCUUAUUAAUAGUUUUGAUUUCUUUAUCUGAAAACUGCCUAUCCAUGUCCCUUGCCCAUUUAUCAAUUGGAGAAUGGCUUGGAUUUUUGUACAAUUGAUUUAGCUCUUUAUAAAUUUGAGUAAUUAAACCUUUGUCAGAGAUUUCUAUGAAGAUUUUUUCCCAAUUUGUUGUUUCCCUUCUGAUUUUAGUUACAUUGAUUUUGUUUGUACAAAAGCUUUUUAAUUUGAUGUAGUUGAAAUGAUUUAUUUUACAUUUUGUGACUCUUUCUAUGUCUUGCUUGGUUUUAAAGUCUUUCCCCUCCCAAAGGUCUGACAUGUAUACUAUUCUGUGUUUACCCAAUUUACUUAUGGUUUCCUUCUUUAUGUUUAAGUCAUUCACCCAUUUUGAAUUUAUCUUGGUGUAGGGUGUGAGGUGUUGUUCUAAUCCUAAUCUCUCCCACACUGUCUUCCAAUUUUCCCAGCAGUUUUUAUCGAAUAGUGGAUUUUUGUCCCAAAAGCUGGGAUCUUUGGGUUUAUCGUAUACUGAAAGGCAGUCAUUCUUAAAGGAUCCAAUCUUUGGAACUAUGACAUUAGUUUGGAGUCAUCUAUCCGAUAGAGGAAACACUGACUCCAUUAGAGGAGCUAAUUUUUAUGCUUGAACUCAAUACUUGUUUGUAUGUCUUCACCCAACAGAGUAUCAGUAAGCAUUUAUUAACUGCUUACUCCUAACACAGGGGCAGCUAGUUGGUGCUGGAGAGGAGUUAAUCACUGUUACUCCUAGUGAUCAUUAAUAAAUGUUAUAAAAUAUCAUAUCUGAAAUUACUGUAUAUUAAUUUUAAUUUUUACAUUGAGGAUAGAGUGCUGGCCUAGAGGCAGGAAAAUUCAUCAUCUGGAGUUCAUAUUCAGCCUCAGAUACUUUCUAGCUGUGUGACCUUGAAUAAGUCAUUUAACUCUGUUUGCCUCAGUUCCUUCUCUGUAAAAUGAGCAGGAGAAAGACCUGGCAAACCACUCCAGGAUCUUUGCCAAGAAAAUCCCAAAUGGGGUCUUGUACAUGACUGAACAACACAUGGGCGAUACAUUGGAUACACUAAAUAUGUAUCUAUAUAAGUCUAACAUUGUGUCCAGAGAUCUGGGGCAUUGCACACAUGCUCUCUUUCCCCAAGAGCUCCAGGUAUAUGGUCCGGUCUGAGUUCAGUUCUGGAAGAGCCAGGCUUCUAAUGGAAAGGGAGGAAGAGUUGGGCAAUCUUUUCUCAUGCUCUUUAGCUUGUUAACCCCCAUCGCAGAGCCCUGGGGACUAAUUUCUUAAGGCUUAGGCUUGGACUCAUAUCCAGGUCUUUGGAGAUAAUAAUGUACACAGUAUUUAAUGUAAACCAGCUAUGGGACAGGUAUUAAUUUGACAAGAUUUGGCAAAUAAGUGGAAAUGUAGUUUGAGGGAGACUGAGGAGUCCAGGAUAGUCCUGAGGUUGGGAAUCUGGGUGACCAAAAGGAUGACAAUGGCCUCAAUAAAAACGGGAAAGAUUGGAUAUAAAAUCAGUGCUAAUCACAGAGACGCAACUAGGCUCAGUGGAUAGAGAGCCAAGCCUAAUGAUGGGGGGUCCUGAGCUCAAAUGUGGCCUCAGACACUUCCUAGCUGUGCAACCUCAGGCAAGGCAUUUAACCCCAAUUGCCUAGCCCUUGCCCCUCUUCUGUCUUGGAAUCAAUACUUAGUACUGAUUCUAAGAUGGAGGUAAAGGCUUUAAAAAAAUACCAGUGAUAGAACAUUUACAAGCAUAAUUAUUGCUGAGAGUAGGCCUUUCUUUCAAAGGUCUUAAAGAAAACAAGCCAGAGUUAAGAAGGGAGUGCAAUUCUAGGCAUGGGAGAUUGUUGAUGGAAAGACAUGGAAAUAGAGGAUAGAGGGAUGUGUGUAAGAUCAAGACCACCAGUUUUUCUAAACUCUAGAGUGCAAGAAAGGUAGUAUUUGAUAAUAUAGUACCUGCUUUUGUCCAUUGUUAAGCACUGGAGUUACAAUUAUAAAAAGCAAAGACAUUCUUUGCCCUAAAUGACUUUGCAUUCUUUUUUUUAUAUGUGUUUCAUUUAGAAAUUUCUACACUUCUCUCAAAAUCUACCUUCUCUGCCUUUCCCUUUGCCUACCUCCAACUGAGAAAAAAAAACCAAACACUUACAAAUAUACAGUCAAACAAAAUAAAUUCCUACAUUGGCCAGAUUGAAAGAAAAAGUCAUUUUGAUAUGCACUCUGAAUCCUUUGCCUCUCUAGCAAGAGGUAGGUAUCAUGUUUCAUCAUUAGUACUCUGUAAUUGUGAUUGGUCAUUGUGCUGAUCAGAUUUUCCUAAGUUUUUCAUUCUGCAUCAGUUGAUACAAUUCUCAGAUAUGUGAAAACAUCUGAAAUCAUCUCCCAUCAUUACUUAGAGCACAAUAAUAUUCCAUCACAUUAAUAUAACUUGCUUAGCUAUUCUUCAAUUGAUGGAUACUCCCAUAGUUUCUUAUUCUUUACCACCACAAAAAGAGCAAUUAUAAAUAUUUUUGUAUUUCCUUGGCUUGUUUUUCUUAGACUAAUCUAUCCCUAAAUCUACAUUUCCUGUUUUCCUCUCCUUUCCAUCUCCUCUUUCCCUCCUGUAACCCAGUUAAGUGAAAUUCAUUUCUGCAUCCAAUUACAUAUGUGCAUCUUCAUUCUUUUGACCAGUUCAGAUGAGAACUGUCACCUGCUUCCAGGAAGAUAGGAAGUGGAAUAAACAUUUACAUAGUACUUACUACAUUUAUUUGUUUAUUCUAUUUCUACAGAACCUACUAUGGAAACUGUGCUAAGUGCUUUUUGCAAACAUUAUAUCUCUUUUCAUGAUAAUGCUAUUAUUCCCACUUUACAGUUGAGGAGGGUGAGGCAAACAGAAGUUAAUUGACUUACCUAAGGUCACAUGGCUAGUAAGUAUCUAAAGUUGGAUUUGAAUUCAGGUCUUCCUGACUCCAGACCACUAGCUGCCUCAGUUAUAUAAAUUGCUACUUUAUAAUUCACUGCUGAUAUGAAAUAAUAUCCCUCAUCCUUCCUUCCUCCCCUCCCCCAUUGCAGUGUAUUCCUCUUUCUAUUCUUAUUAUAUCAAGACAUAACAGAAGCACUCCCAGGCUCUCUCUAAUUAGACUCUUUCUAUGACCCUGAUGAUAAAGUCAUAUGCCAAGCAAAUCUUCGUUGCUUCACUCCUCUAGCUUUCAUCUCCCCAUAUUAGAAUCGAAACAGUAUAUAUCUUGUUUAGUCUUUUACUCACAUUUUUCUUUCUACACUUCUUAACUCCUGUGUUUGCCCCUCAAUCUUUCUGUCGUGAGAGGGGAGAGCCGGCUUACUUCCAUCUGCCAGUCAUUCUCUGCCAGCUAGCACUGAAUCACGCUGCAGUAAUCGCUGGAGAACUUGCUGCAUAACCGCUGGCGUUCUUGCACCGCGCGCUCCUCCAGCUCAGCCAAGGUUCCCUUUUCCGUUUGAGCAGGGCUGAGUGAAAAAACGCUGAGAAGCGGCUAGCGAUGGGUGAUAAGGCACUGAAGAUUUUACAGGUACUGUUGAAGUCACGUGGCUUCGAUGGCGUUUUACAAAAGGUUACUCUUCUUUCUGCAAGUCCCGGAAAGGUGGUUUGUGAAAUGAAAGUUGAAGAAGAGCAUACUAAUCUGCUGGGCACUCUACAUGGUGGUUUAACAGCAACUCUGGUAGAUGUUAUAUCUACGGUAGCUUUUCUCAACACAGAAAGGGGAGCACCUGGAGUCAGUGUGGACAUGAACAUAACAUACUUGUCCUCGGCUAAGCUAGGAGAAGAAAUAUUGAUUGCUGCUCAUGUUCUGAAGCAAGGAAAAACUCUUGGCUUUGCAACUGUGGACCUGACAAACAAGAUCACAGGAAAGUUGCUAGCGCAAGGCAGACAUACGAAACACCUAGCACCCUAAAAGCACAAUUUCCUCAGUAUUUGUUCUUCAAGGAGCGACUGAUCAGAAUUUCAUUGUAUUUGUAUUUGAACAUAUAACUUAUCUUUAAAAGUUUGACUUUGAAAAUUAAAAAAAAAGUCACCUUAGUCUUUUCA